CCAAGUCACCCGGAGACCAGCUGUCUGUUUCCGGCUUGAAGAGUCGAGAACAACGGCCCUCCAUGUGUGCGCUGCGGCUUUCAUGAUGGCAGGUCGGGGCAGGCUGGUGCCCUGUGCGUGUCUGGGCCUGUUGGGGGUCCUGUGCUGGGUCUGGGUCUCUUUUGCCUCCUUUCCAGAUGAACUCCCCCUUGAGGCCUUGGAGGAGCGAGGAGCCUUCCAGCCUCAGAGUGCUCUGUCUCAGAUGGACUUUGCCUCCAUCGGUCCGUACAGAGGACCAGGCAACAAUGACCUCCGCAGCAACAAGGAGCUGCCCAUCCUCCUCUGGUGGAGUGGGGGUCUGUUCCCACAUUUCCCUGGGGACUCUGAACGCAUCGACUGUGCCACUUCCUCCUGCCUGGUCACAAGCAACCGCAAGCAGUCAUCGUGGGUUUGGUCCCGACAGGUCCAGCUGUACAGACGGACCGCAUCCAUCAUCUUUUAUGGAACAGACUUCCGGGCUUAUGAGGCGCCACUCCCUCGCCUCCGCCACCAGACGUGGGCUCUGUUCCAUGAAGAGUCUCCUAUGAAUAACUACUUCCUCUCCCACGGGCCGGGGAUCCGGCUGUUCAACUACACGGCCACGUUUCGCAGGGAGUCCGACUACCCGCUGACCCUGCAGUGGCUCCCUUCUCUGGACUACUUACUGGAGCCCGUGGUCGUGUCCCUGGAGGAGAAGAACCGGCUGAGGAGGGAGGGCCUGGGUCCGGUGCUCUACAUGCAGUCUCACUGCGAUGUUCCAUCAGACAGAAACCGAUACGUCCAGGAGCUCAUGAAGUAUAUUCAGGUCGACUCUUAUGGGAAAUGCUUGAACAACAAACCGCUGCCUGCUCGUCUGGAGGACACGUCCACAGCUACCGGCGAAGAGGACAUCUUUAUGAAGUUUGUCGCACGCUAUAAAUUCCACCUGGCGCUGGAGAACGGCCUGUGUCCCGAUUACAUGACGGAGAAGCUGUGGCGGCCGCUCCACCAGGGCUGCGUGCCCGUCUACCGAGGCUCCCCCGCGGUGACCGACUGGCUGCCCAGCAACCGCUCCGCCAUCAUCAUCGAUGACUUCCCCUCACCCAAAGCCCUCGCCGACUUCCUCAAGCGCCUUGACGAGGACGACCAGGAGUAUGCUAAAUAUCUAGAGUUCAAAAGCCCCGGCCGCACCACCAACACCCGUUUGUUGGAGGCUCUGGAGAGCCGUGAGUGGGGCGUGAACGACAUGAGUAAACCCAACUACCUGAAUGGCUUUGAAUGUUACGUGUGUGACCAGGAGAAUGCCCGGGUGGCGGCGGAACGAGCGUACCGGAAAGCCCCGAAGAAGAACCCGCCGCCUCGCUCUGCAACGGCCAACAACUCCCACAUGGGCUGCCCGCUGCCGCGCCCGGGGUACGGACACGCCCACGAGCUACCGGCCGACGACGGAUGGUUGCAUAUAUGGCCUCAGGAUUACUGGCAGAGCCUGGACCAGGCGGAGGGGCUGGAGUCUCUGAUACGACACAACGAGUCGGACCCUUCGCUGCUGUGGAAACACAUCCAGAACAUCGCUGUGGGCCGAGCCCGAGGGAAGCACUGACGCAGGAAACACAGGAGGGAAGGAGGCGGAGUCACCCCGCGCCAAAACCUCCUUACCCGUAUGAGCAGUUUUACUGACACUAUAAUAGAUUUUUAGAUUUUGUUCAGCUGACAUGAUCCGUUUGUCCCCAGUUCAGUGAUGGGAGGAGAAUGUUCUACAUGCUAAAAGUGGUAUUAUUACUCCGCCUUGCAUUGCUAACGUUAGCUUCAGCCGCAGCUUUUCCACAGAGGCACAUUCUCAUUGGACUGCGGCGGAGCCUAGGGAGGAGAGUCGAGGGCAGAGCCUAGGGAGGAGAGUCAAGGGCAGAGCCUAGAGAGGAGAGAGCCAGGGGCGGAGCCUAGGGAGGAGAGUCAAGGGCAGAGCCUAGGGAGGAGAGUCAAGGGCAGAGCCUAGAGAGGAGAGAGCCAGGGGCGGAGCCUAGGGAGGAGAGUCAAGGGCGGAGCCUAGGGAGGAGAGAGCCAGGGGCGGAGCCUAGGGAGGAGAGAGCCAGGGGCGGAGCCUAGGGAGGAGAGCCAGGGGCGGAGCCUAGGGAGGAGAGAGCCAGGCGCGCUCUGUGAGUGAAGAGCAUCCAGACAAUGAAGUUCUUCAGCAGGCAGCUGCUGGUUAUUAGUCACAUUUAUGAUCAGCUGUUUUAUAUGCAAGCACAAUGUUAUUAGAGGGGUGAAAGGCAGAAGGGGGAUUCUCCUCAGGGGCAAUCUCUAUAGCAGUUAUUUGUAAUUUUGCCCCGACCAUGUUUCUGUUCCAUGAUGCCAAGAUAUUCAUGUGCCAUAGUUUGAUGCUUUUCUAAAACAUGUAUCUGCUUGAGACUUCAUGUGCUGUGUCUGCGUCACAUGUUUAGAACACGAGUAUAUAAAUCAUUUUAUUUUUCAACAAAGCAUCAUACAUGUGACACACUAUUUUGUAUCAAGAGAAAAAUAAGUAAGCAUUUUAUAAUAAAGAUUUUUGCACAACGA